UUCUUUUUGUUGCGCUUUUGAUAAUACACCGCGAAUGCGUUUUCGUGACAUUAUUAAUAAUUGAUAUAAUAAAUUAUAAUUGUGACGAUCUAUGGGAAAGUUACAACAACGUGCAGCGAGUAACAUUUUUGCAUCAGUUGCACGAUAAAAUAAUGAAUUGAGACAAUAAUAGUAGAAUCACAGUUAUCUAUAGAUACAAUAUUACAUUCCUCUCUAAAUCGCGAUAUGCUUAUCUUUCGUAUUUUCUGAGAGUACCGUAAUCCUCAGAACAUUGGCAACAUGUUAUUUAUAUUGCGGAUGUGAAUGAGUUCUCUCUUCUUCUCGCAAAAUUCAGUUGAAGAAUGUCCAAUUCAACAAUUCGCUAUUCGCUCGCCGAUGUUGCGAAAUACAAUGGCAAAAAUGGAGCGAGAACUUGGAUCGUCAUCCACGACAACAUUUACGAUGUAACGGAUUAUAUGCAACAGCAUCCUGGUGGUCCAGAAUUAAUUGAUGACUACGCAGGAAAAGACGCGACUAGCGGAUUUGAUGAAUUCGGACAUUCUUCAGAUGCGACAAAGAUGCUCAAAAAGUAUUUGGUCGGUGAACUUGAAGAUGAAGAUAAAAGAGUUAAUAGAAUGAAGAAACGCGCUGCUAACGGAAUAAAAAUGAAAGGAGUGGAUAAGCAAAAACAAAGGCCUUUCUUAAAGUUGAUCUGCGGCAAAUGUACAUGUUAAGGGACGCGUUGUAAAUAUCAAUUGCAUAAGUUAUUUUAAAUAUAUAAUUAUAUUUAUCACAUGUCAUUUAUGUUACAUUCGCUAUCUAAAUAUAGCAUCGUUUAUGACGUGUAUAUGUUGUAUUACUGAUAAGAAUCAUCAAAUUAAAAACCGUCUUAUCGCUUGUACGUGACAUUGCGGGCAUAUAAGAAUGACCAAGGAAAACUGAUAGAGCUAAUUACAUCCAUCAAUAUGAGUCAUCUACUUAUCGUAUUCAUGAACACUGUACAGUCAAUUUUUUACUCAACGGAAUUUCCAUUGUUACAAAUAAUCUAAUCUUAUUGAGAAGUUUUGUAAUUUGAGAAUUAUUAUUUUUUAAGUUAAAAUUGACAAAGUUAAUUAAAUUAAACUUAUUUAACAAAAUUAAAUAUUAAAUCUCAUCCGACCGUACAUGUAAGAACAUAACCAAUAGAAAUAAAACUUUAACGGUAACUAGCUAGAUCUUAAGUGCUUGUAUAAUGUGUGAAUUAUAUGUAGUACGUAUGUAGUCUUUUAACUGCGCGCCGAAAUGAUUUUACGGUCUUAAAACGCGAACUCACCGCAAUAAUAUCAUGAGUUAAAUUAUAAUAAUAUUAGCAAUUUAACAAUUUGAUCUUUUUUCGCAUCUUAGAACGAUCUUAAUAAUGCUGAAUGACGUUAAAAUCUGUAAAUUUUACGUAACACGUAGCGCUUAUUAAUGUGAACACAUCAUUAAUAGACGAUUAAAAUAAAUACGGAGUUUUAUAAAAGAA